GCGUAAGAAGACCGUGACACAUCACGUCUUUGAUUCGGCAACUUCCACCGUACUCGGAGCUCUCUCUCUCUCUCUAUCCACCUUCCGAGGUCGAAGAAGCCCUAACCCUAACCCUAGAAGCCGACCCCCGAUCGAUCUCGAGCGGGGGCGAGGGAAGGAGACGAGAUGAGCCCCAAGAAGGGGGCGCCCGACGACGACCUUCCCCACCACCACCACCACCACCGCGCGGCGGCGGCGGCGGCUCCGCCGGGGGCGGCCGCGAGGAGGAAGGGCGGCGGGAGCCGGGAGUGGCUCGUCGUCUCCGACUCCGGCCGAUCGCGUCUCGAGGAGGUGGGGAAGCACUCGAUCAUGAGCCGCACGGGGCUCCCCGCGCGGGAUCUUAGGGUUCUAGACCCCCUCCUCUCCUACCCCUCCACGAUCCUCGGGAGGGAGAGGGCGAUCGUCAUCAACCUCGAGCACAUCAAGGCCAUCAUCACCGCCGCCGAGGUCCUCAUCCCCAACUCCAGGGACCCCCUCGUCGCCCCCCUUAUCCGCGAUCUCCAAUCCCGCGUCUCCGCCUCUUGCGACACUCCUCCGCAGAUCAAAGAGCCUGGAGAUGUGGAUGGGGGAGAUAUGGGAAAGGCUGUAUCGUGCUGGCCUUCAUUUCCUGGUUCCAAUGGGGCAACCAGUCAUGUAGCCAAGAUCACUAAGAAGAAUGUACCAUUAACAGUAGAAACACCAGAGGGUAACGAUACGCCCACAAUCGGUAUUCACAAAGAUGGGAGCAAGCACGUAUUGCCCUUUGAGUUCAGGGUACUCGAAGUCUGCCUUGAGUCUGCAUGCAGGUGCCUUGAAGCUGAGACACUGACAUUGGAGCAAGAAGCCUAUCCCGCUUUAGAUGAGUUGACUUCAAAAAUCAGCACACUUAACCUUGAGCGUGUUAGACAAAUUAAGAGCCGCUUGGUGGCAUUAUCUGGUCGUGUGCAAAAGGUAAGGGAUGAGCUUGAACAUUUAUUGGAUGAUGACAUGGACAUGGCUGAAAUGUACUUAACAGAGAAGCUUUCUAAUCAAACACUUGGUGAAUCAUCAUUGAGAGAGGAAGUCGAUGGCGAUUCAUUUCAUCUGGACGAGGACGACGAAGGAGAUGUGAGAAGUGAGACGGGUACGAGCCGUGGAAGCUUAGCUGGUUAUAAACCUAACAUUGAGGAGCUGGAAAUGCUUCUUGAGGCUUAUUUCGUGCAGAUUGAUGGCACAUUAAACAAACUAUCCCAUUUAAGGGAGUACGUGGACGACACCGAAGAUUACAUCAACAUAAUGCUCGACGAGAAGCAGAACCAGCUUCUCCAAAUGGGGGUCAUGCUCACCACCGCGACCGUCGUGCUCACCGCCGGCGUGGUCGUCGUCGGCCUGUUCGGCAUGAACAUCACCAUCGAUCUCUAUAACAGCCCUAACCAGUUUAAGUUUUGGGAGACGACGAUCGGCACUAUCGUCGGCUGUAUAGUCCUGUACAUCUUGGCCAUUGGUUGGGGGAAGAAAAGCGGACUUCUGCAGUAAAUACCACAUUGUUUCUACGGUAGUUAGUUCUCGAAAAUAAGAGAAUGAUACUGCAAACUGUUGCAUCUGGAUUUUUUUAUCAUUCAUCCCUGGAAAAGCAGCUCACAUCAUGCUUUUGUAAGUAUUAAUGAUACGAAGAUAAUGUUGCUUAUAUUUAUGCGUUUAACAGAUUAUUAGAGAUAUAUACAUAUACAUUAUAUAAUAUAAUAAAAGCUUUACCCACUUUUUCUGGGAGUA